AUGACUACUUGUGAUAGUAAAAAUGAACAUGAUACAUUCAGUGAUUCUCUGCUUGACCUUGAGGUUAAUUUUCAAGUGAUCAAGAUGGAAGGAAGUUUUUUUCUGUGGAUAGGAAAAGAUCCAUAUUUUGGGAACCUGGCCAUGGCUUUGACAACUAAGUUUGAGAAAAAUCCCCUCGGCACGCACCUCCAUGGAGACCGGAAUGAUGACUUCAGUAUUACACUUGCACAGAAAUUAGCCAAGAAGACUGGCAAGCAGGUAUUUGUGAGUUCAUGUCUUCCACAUGACAGGCAGUUGAUGCCACUGGUGGAGAAAAGAGUGGCAGAAGAAAUGAAGGUCAACCCUGACAAGUUCUGAAUGCUAACAUCAGCUUCAAGGCGACUUCAAUGAACUACUAUGGUUGCAGCUGGGAUCAGUCGAAUCUCAGAUCGGGAUGGAAGGGUGGUCUUGUUACUUGCAAGAUGAUACGGGUGCUCGUCCCAAGCAAGAUGAUUCGGGUGUACCGUCCCAAGCAAGGAAUUUUCAUUGACUUCACUGUCGACCCAGACCGCUGUUUCAUGCCUCAACUCAUAACAAAUAAUCAAGUGUCAAUCACUUGACGAUGGAGGACAGACCCAGUGUGGAGGACUUCUGGAGACCACUCAAUUUCAGACUAUUCUCUCUGAGAAGAACACAAAACACCAGUCCAAUAAUAUCAAGCCAUUCUGUUGGACUCUAUUUGAAGAAAAGCAUCGUCCAGAAUGGUAAUUAAAACCAAUGACAAUGUGAUGUUUUUUUCAUCUCCUUCUGGUUCUGGAAGCUUUUACUUCUUCUUCUGUGUUCAGAAGUUUUGAGAUGUUCGCUAGAGAGAGGGUUUUUAAUUUCCAUUUUUUUUCGAGCCAGUGUUGCGAGCCUGCUAGUCUGGUCCACCUGUAAGCUCACCAAGCAAACAUUGACCUGGAAUAAAGUGGUAAAAAAGAUUUCCUGAAGAAGUUUAAGAAACAUUAAAUUGCUUUUCUCCUCUAUUUUCAUACCACAGUAAGGGUUCUCUAAUGUUCUA